CUCUGGGACCAAUGAAUAAUCUCAAUAAUGGUGCAAUUAUUACACAACCAAUUUUAUUUUGGGAUCUGUAUCUGUGUACAGUAAAGCGGAACUGGCAUCAUCCAGAUAGGUGGCAGAUGGAGUUCCAUCGAAGAAUCUGGAGAGACUGCAUAAAUCAAAGAAUACUGUUGUAAUAUGUUCAGGAACAAAGAGACCAAGGUGUAUAUGUGGGUGAGACACUAAAUGGAAGGACAGGUAGAGAGAGCUAUUAAAAAAAAUGCAGUAUUCUAGACUAUAUCAAUAGGGGCAUACUGUACAAGAGCAGGAAAGUGCUGCUGAACUUAUAUAGGACACUAGUUAGAUCUCAGCUGGAGUAUUGUAUACAGUUCUGAAUGCCACAGGCGAGGAAGCGUAUGAAUACUUUGGAGAGAGUGCAGAAGAGGCUUAUGGGAAUGGUUCCAGGUUUGAGAAAUCUCAAUUAUGAGAGUAGAUUGGAGAAAUUGGAACUGUUUUGUUGGACAGAAGGCCGAGGGGAAAUUUGAUAUGCUUUUGAAAACUUCUGAGGGAUCAGGACAAAGAUGGCUGAAUGGCCCCUGCUGCAAUGAAAUUAUUCUGUGAUCAUCAUUUGUAUCAGAGAGUACCUCGAACAGGUUGGGUAUAUAGAAAUGUAAAAAAGCCUGAAAGUGUGUCAGAUCACAUGUACAGGAUGGCUGUUAUGGCACUCUUAACUGAAGAUCAAAAACUUAACAAAGACAGGUGCAUAAAAUUAGCAUUGGUUCAUGAUAUGGCCGAAUGCAUUGUAGGUGAUAUAGCACCAGCAGACAACAUCAGUAAAGUGGAAAAACACAGGAGAGAAGAAGAAGCUAUGAAACAUUUAACUGGACUAUUAAGUGAUGAAGUUGGUAAAGAGGUCCUGGGGCUUUGGGAGGAAUAUGAGAACCAGUCCAGUGUUGAAGCCAAGUAUGUGAAAGAACUGGAUCAAUUUGAAAUGAUUGUGCAAGCUUUUGAAUAUGAAGAGCUGGAACAAAGACCUGGUCAAUUGCAGGACUUUUACGAUUCGACAAAAGAAAAAUUUCAUCACCCUGAAAUUCUUCAACUGGUAGCAACAUUAAAUGCAGAAAGAAAUUCCAGGCGAACAAAGGACAGCACUUCAGAUUCACAGUAUGCUUGGGAGAACGGGCCACGCAUAUUACCUCAAAGCACAAAACUCUAGCACAGCAUUGUGGAUUGUAGGAAAAAAUGUUUUUUUUUCCUAUGAUUGUAUCUAUUUAUUUUGAACCAGCAAAUACAUGAUUGAGCAAAACCAAAUAUUUAGCAUUUGAUACGUUCUCCAUAUGCUGGAAGUCAGUGCAUGUAUUAUUUCCUUCGACAGGAGUGAUUAUUUAAAAUUUUAAUUGAUUUUCUAACAAGUUAACAUUCAAUUUCUUUAUUUUCAAAGAGGCAUUUUUAAAUAUUUGGAUGAAAUGGAUAUAAAGUUAUUGAUGGGAGCGGUGUGUUCAAAUUUUUAAUUAUGCAAACUAUGCUAAAAAUCCAUAGCAAAAGAGACCCACCCAGUUGGGGGGAUGCUUUAUUUACUGCAGGGAAAAAAAAAAUCAUACGUUUGGAGCAGUGGCCACUCAUUUGAACUUGAAAAUUGGAAAAAAAGGAUCUAACAGUGAGCACAUAACUUGGCUUGUUUUGGUUGAUGAGAAGUACCUCGUGCCCAUGAAUAAAUCUGUUAAAGACAACACUUGAAGUGGCAGCCACUGUUUCCUCACUUUUCAUGGGGAAGUUACCAUUUUAAAAUUUUCCGCAAUAUCUCAGCAGAGAUGUUUUAAUUAAACAGUGGUCCUAGGAAAACAACCAAAAAUGUCAUUAGGAGCAAAUUACUGCAGAUCCUGGACUCAGUACUGAAGACAAAACAAAUGCUGGAAAUCACAGCAUCCAUGGAGAGAAUAAUGGAACUGAGUCCAGAUGACUCUUUGUCAGACUCAUCUAAUGAAGAAUGAUCUAGACUUAACAUUAGCUUGUUGUCUCCCCAUGGUUGUUGCCUGACCCGCUGUGAUUUCCAGCAAUUUUGUUUUCAGAAAAUGCCAUUAAAUGUGCAACUAUUUAAAAGUGAACUCUAUUUUGAAUCCUUACAGAGCUGCAAAAACUCUGAGGGCUCAUUGUUUGAAGGUCUCCAUGGUGAUAAAAAUACUACAGUUGCACCACGUAAAAUACGUACUACCUUUUAUGGACUUACUUAAAGAACUGGGAACUUCUGGUGCCACAUACCUUACCUGUCAUCUGGAGAAAUGACUGGAACAGCAGAGAAAGGUAGUUUUGUAUUUUGCAGGUUGGGCCUUGAUCAGUCAGUGGUAACAACCCACCCACAUCUCCACCAUACAAAAUCACCUCUUUCAAUUCUCCAGUCAUUCUGCAAGAUGAAUGAGGAAUACCAAUUUCUUUAAGGAACUCUGCUGCCGUAACAACAAAAAUGUCCUGUGAUGUAGCCAUAAAGUCAGAGUUAAAUGACCUCAGAUAGCAUUAUAAAUCUGCUCCAAUAAAGCCAAGUGGAUUUUA